UUUAACCCCACAUGGAUGGAUGCUACCCCGUUGGAACACAAAGACCUUCAGCAUGGUGAGCAUGCCUGCCUAUCCGAGCCCACACCUUGCCGGUGUCCUCGCUUCAGCCCUGAGCCCCAGGCUCCACCUGAAACCGUGAUUCGGUCAGCCCAUUCUAACCGGAGCACCAUGGUGUGACGAGCAACCGCUUGGUAAUCUAUCAGAGGACCCCAUUCUACCCCCAUUCUUCCCCAGUCUUUGUUGGAUACAUUUUGUCUGCCUGGGCUUCCUUUGUAACACAGGGUUUACGCAGAGCACAGCCGAGUGGACAGGGCAGCAGAGCGCCCGGAGUUUGGCAGUUCUUUGUUGCCGAGAUGGCAGCGGGACCGGAGCGGCCCGUGGCAGAGGCGCAGCACCAGGACCGGGACCAACCGCCAAUUGAGAACGGCUUCAUGUCGCUGGAGCAGACACAGGCCCCCAGGCUGCUGCCGCACGUCGACGGCUCAGUACUACCGUCUCUCGGGGGAUUUGGGAAACACCAAAAGCAGCUCGUGAUCCUGACGUGGAUACCGGCUUUAUUUAUCGGAUUUAGCCAGUUUUCGGAUUAUUUCCUUUUGGCGCAACCGAACGGCACGUGCGUACAGCCUCUGGUCAACGGGAGUAGUUGGACCGUGGGUUCUUUAACGUUACCGGUGACCGUCACGAACGGUGGCAUUGGUACACCCGUGCCUUACCUCCCCCGAGACAAUAACACUCGAGACGGUGUAGGUGACAGCGGUGGCAUGCAGUGCGCGUGCAAGGAGUGGAAGCUCGAGCUGCAGACAGGACUCAGUCAGAACGUGGUAACCAAGGUAACAAGUGUGCACCAGAUACCAUACCUCUCCCCUCUGAUUGUUUCGGCGUCCUGAAAAAGCUGAAUAAUCAUCAGCAUCACUAACAGGGCAUCCUAUGCAACUAUGGGGCACAAUCUGGUCUCAGUGGAGUUUAGUCUACCCAGCACCAUGGACAGCACAUGUACUCUGCCAAUGUUCCAUUCUGUACAUUCUGUGCCAUAGGCCUACUGUAAGACAGACCACAGUGUGCCCUCAGAGCAUACAGUAACUGGUGCCCACUCAUUUUCAAACCACUUUUAUAUCUCAGCUGACAUGAUCAAAAACACACUACACUCUGGAGUAUAACUAUCCAUGCCAGCUAAUUGAAUUAAUCCUACUGUGGGUGUACAGUGUUUAAUGCGAUUGUAAUAUACAGCAGUGUAGCCUAUUAGGCCACUCUGUGAUACUGAUGAGAGCAGAGGAUGUGAUUAUUGUACAAUCCAUCAUAGAAGAAGAGUAGGUGUAGCAGGUUCUCUUUUGACCCAUUUUACAUUUUAGUCAUUUAGCAGACGCUCUUAUCCAGAGCGACUUACAGGAGCAAUUAGGGUUAAGUGCCUUGCUCAAGGGCACAUCGACAGAUUUUUCACCUAGUCGGCUCAGGGAUUAGAACCAGCGACCUUUUGGUUACUGGCACAACGCUCUUAACCACUAAGCUACCUGCCGCCAACGCAUUGACCUGCAUCUGAACAGGUUUGACAAAAUAUCAAUUUAAUCUCAAACAGGGACCUUCUUAUAUGAGAUGAAGUUUAACUGUGUGUGUUGUUAGUAUGUGUGAUCCUUUCUUAGAGUUUUACUGUGUGUGUGUGUGUGUGUGUGUUCAGUGCCAGACAUCUGCUUUCUCAGAUAAUGCUGGGUUUAAAUAGCCCAUAGAUAAACCUAUUACAGUAGAUUUAUCAAUCAUACCCAAUACUCAUCUCUCUCUAGCCUUCUUCCUCUCUUUUACUCUCCUUCAAUCUCUCUUCCCUCUUUUUCUAUCUCUCCCUUACUCUCUAUCUCUCUCUCUCUCUCUCUCUCUCUCUCUCUCUCUCUCUCUCUCCUCUCUCUCUCUCUCUCUCUCUCCUCUCUCCAACCAAGUUGUGCUUCAGGAUCUUUUAGUUUUGUCUCUAACAAAUGACAUGAUUACUCUUUGUCUUAUGGAGUGUGAUACUGUAUCAUGUUGUUGAUAGACAUGUCAGUAUUCAUCAUGUUGUUGAUAGACAUGUCAGUAUCAUCAUGUUGUUGAUAGCCAUGUCAGUAUUCAUCAUGUUGUUGAUAGACAUGUCAGUAUUCAUCAUGUUGUUGAUAGACAUGUCAGUAUUCAUCAUGUUGUUGAUAGACAUGUCAGUAUUCAUCAUGUUGUUGAUAGACAUGUCAGUAUUCAUCAUGUUGUUGAUAGACAUGUCAGUAUUCAUCAUGUUGUUGAUAGACAUGUCAGUAUUCAUCAUGUUGUUGAUAGACAUGUCAGUAUUCAUGUCCCUCUCAUUCUCUUUCUCUUCUGUUGUUUGGUGUAUUAUUACUUAUAUUUAAUACAUAUAUUUCCCACUUCUCUCUGCAGUGGAACCUGGUGUGUGAUUCGGCCUGGAAGGUUCACAUCGCCAAGUUCUCUCUCUUGGUGGGAUCUAUCUUCGGCUACCUGGUGAUGGGCGUCAUGGCCGACUGGUACGCCAUCCAGCAUUCUCCUUCUCCAUUUUGUGUAUUUGUGUGUGACAGUGGAAAUUCCGCUCCAACCGCUAACUCACAACUCUCCCCAACGUAACAAAACAUACUCAAGAAACACUGUCAAUACCACUGACCCAUAAAAAGCCAAGGCAUUUCUGGAUCUGGGGCGACAGUACUUCUAGGUCUCAGGAAAGUAGUAGUGAUGCACUUAGCCAUCUGCUACAUGUGUUCUCAUUCCUGUGUCUGCAUCCCCACUCCCCCAGGCAUCCGAGAAUAGACAGUGUCUUAUGAAAAACACCCACAUAUCUCCCUGUUGAGUUGUCUGUGGGAUGAGCUGUAGCUAUAGCAACAUAGAUUAGAGAAAAACCGUGUCAGAACUCUGACCCAAUGACCUGCUGACCUCUAACCCAGGAUCAGGUUGCCGAGGGAAACAGACUGGAGGGGAUCUGAAUGUUCUCUUCCAGACCAUUGGACUAAUUUCUGUCUCUUUCCAUUUCUUAUUUUCUCUAUUCUCUCUCAUUUUCUUACUCUCCCAUUCUCUCUGUCGCUCUCCCUCUCUUUCUUUCUCUCUCUCCCUCCAUCCCACUCUCUUUUUUUCUCUCUCCAUCUCUCUUCCCUCCCCCCGUUCUCUUUCUCUCUCCCCCUCUCUUUCUUUCUCUCUCUCUCUCUCAGGUUUGGUCGUCACCCAGUCCUGAUAGUCUCGGUGCUGUUCAUGUUGGUGUUUGGUUUGAGUGUAGCGUUCUCCUUCAACGUGACCAUGUUCAGCACAUUACGUUUCUUUGAGGGCUUCUGUCUGGCUGGCCUCACUCUCUCCCUCUACAUACUGAGUAAGUACACCUACACUUCCUGGUAUCUAGUUCUGUUGUCUGUCAAAGAAUGCCCAGAAAGCAAACGGCAU